AUGGAAUCAUCGGGCGAGUGUCGUGGGUGCCAGCGAAACAUCAAGUUCGCGGUCAAGCAGGCGCGGCUGUGCCGGACGUGCUACAACAAGACCUACCUCACCUCGCAGAAGCGACGCGAGUACUACAAGAACAAGAAGAAGAGGCGAGAAACGACAUCAUCUGUGGAGCCGGCCAUCGACGUCCAUCAACACCGCCAUGGCAAGUCCAUCAAGAAAGAAGACUUCCAAGAGAAUCGAUCACCGCCUCGUACCCUCCCUGACAACCUAGGACAGGACCCGGUCGCGGCGCAUCUCUACCUGCUCAGCUACCAGAGCCGCCACACCCAAAGCUGCUCCGACUGUGUGCCUCAAGCCGGCCUCUUCGCAUCCGCGGUAUCGUCGUCCGCGUCGCCAGCGGCCCUAUCGCUGGCCGCCCUGGCCCACGCCUCCCAGCACCACGCCUCCUCAUCGCCGGCGUCGCCCCAGACCGCCGGUUCGACCAACGGAUCUUUGCCGCAUCAUCUCUCCUCGGCGACCACGAGCUCCUCGAGUCCCUGCUCGCCUGCCUCGUCGCCACCUCUGUCGAUGGCCUCCUACCCACAGCAACUCCACGUGCAGUACCACGUCGCUGCUCACCACCACCCGGCAUCGCCCGCGAGCGCAUCUUCUUCGGCGUUGGUCACGCCCUAUGGCUCGCCGCCGACGCCCGGUCCGGUGCUGUUCCAAGAUCUUCUGCAGCAGAUGUCCUACUACGCGGCAAUGGUUCCCAUGCUGGGCUUGGCACCGGUGGCCAUGCCCACGGAGAUGUUUGCCACCACCUCGACGACUUCCUCAUCUUCGUUUUCUUCCUCAUCUUCUUCUUCCGCUGCCGGCGGCCUUCCUUCGCUCUCCACCUUCUUCCCGACGAGUUCGACGAACCCGCUCGCCAUCCCCACUCCCCGCUACCCUCCCUCUACUCCCCAGCCUUCGUGCCAGCAGUGCCACUCGUCGGCCGCAUCGGCCCAGCGUUUUGACACCACCACUCCUGAACCCACCUGGCUUUGCGACACCUGCCUCGCCAACCGGCGACACGGCGCGCAACCCGCGACGAGGAGCCCGGCGAUCAAGAACCUUCUCAACUGA